UUCAAUAUGUUUCGUGUAAUAUAAACAUAAAAUGUUUCUAAGAGUGUUUGGAUACUUUCAUGAGCUAAGUAUCUAGUCUCUUUGUCAAGGCUGGUCAAGGAUUCGUCGUGUACACUGUGCAAUGACGUGCAUGAGAACGUUCCUAUAACUGCCUAAAUAGUAUUAUUUGUUUCAGUGUCCUUCAUAGUUUGGUCAAUAGUAGACUCUACACUACUCUGCAAUCUUUAAUUCAUCACAAGUCACAAGCACCCCGCCUACAGAAAAAAAAGAAGAAAAAAAAUAGAAACAGUGACGUGUAGACGAACAUUGAGAACGCUCGAAAACUGGCCUGAAAUGACGUAGCCAGUGGAUCCCAGACUAAGACUAGCCAAACCCGUGCGCGUUAAAUCAGUGUUGCUCACUGUUGGCGAUCCGCGGGCUAAUAGUCUAUAGUGAUUCACUGAUCGCUUAUCACUCCGCGAAACCGCUAACCGUGGCACACGUCGAAUAGAAGCGCGAGAGUGUCAAUUGGUAACAAAAGCACCGGUUAAUGAUGGUUGUUAAAGUCUACAUAUCGGGUAUCAGCGGCAACAAGGAAGUAAAAAAGAGGCAACAACGAGUAUUGAUGAUAUUAGAUAGCAAAAAUGUAGAGUAUGAGACAAUUGAUAUAACAGAACCAGGAAAGGAGAUGGAAAAGGAAUUUAUGCAAUCUAAUGGUAUUGCGAGAGAUAGUAAAUAUCCAUUACCUCCACAGAUAUUUAAUGAAGAUGAAUACUGUGGGGAUUAUGAAGAUUUUGAUUUGGCAAAUGAAAUGGAUGAAUUGGAAGAAUUUUUGAAAGUGGAACCACCUGCUAGUGGAAAAGAAAAUGUUCCUGAUUCAAAUCAAAGUGAGGAAAUUCAAGAAAAUGGAAAUACUACAAGUCGAGAGCCUUCCACAGACAAAGAAGCAGCUGCAAUACAAGCAGAAAGUGUUGAAGAAAGAACAACUUUACCAAGUGAAAAUGUACAGUCAGAUGAACCUAAAUCUAUAGAAAAUGAUGGUGAAACAAAGCCUGAAGAAGAUACUACGGAACAUACAGAAGAAAAUGUUGAAAAAAAUGAAGAGAAAUCUGGUGAUCAAGAGAAAGAAGAGUAGAUGUGAAAUAAACCCAUAUGAUCGUGGGACAUUUUAUAUUUCUUUAAAAUCCUUGGUUUUCCACUGAAAAGGAUAUUUUAUAAAAGCUAUAUUUAUCACACUUCUAAGGCUGAGUGAAGGUACUGCCAAGAUAAUAUUUCUGCUUUCUGCAGAAAAUAUAGUUCACAGUAUAAAUGAAGCAUAAGCGAUACUUUUAUAGAAAUAUUUUAUAUUUGAAAUCGAGCAUGUUUUCACCAUCAGAUUUUUUAUCUGACUAGAAGAUAAUGAAUUUCACUUUUCUUCAUAUCAGUAGAUAAUAUAAAUUUUUUAAUUUCUUAUGCUGAUAUUUUACAUUGUUUAUAUUAUAUUUUAUUCUUUACUUUUAAACGAAGCUCUAAUAAUGUGCUAGGAGUAAUAAAUUUUCAGUAUUGAGAA